GAUUAUUUUGUAAACAUCUUUGGAGUGGAAAACAUGGUUCGAUGAGUUAAGAAAUUAUUAUUUGUCGGCUAGUAUCGGUAGUGAAGUAAAUAAGAAGUGAGGAGGCCAGAGGGAGGCCACCCGGAUUGAUUCGUUUUAUAACUUUCAAUCCAAUAAGAGGUAUCAACCACAACUGACAAGAUUAAAAAAUAAUACUGAAUUGCAAUGCAAACUACAAAUUUAAAAAUAACCUUCUUUGUGAUUUUCCUACCUUGGCUCUUAUUGUUUGAUGUCUCUGAUGGACGAGGAAUAAAUGGAGGCCUUGAUUGCGCAGUUUGUACUGUGGUUCUUGGUCUCUCUAUACAAGUUGCUCAAAUUAAUAACGAAACAAUCGUCUCUGCGUCGACAAAACUCUGUUCCCUGCUGCCUUCAAAAGCUGCCUCAACUUGCAUUAAUAUUGUUAAUGAGAUAGAGCCUGCUCUCCUCAGCAAGGAACUGUUUGAUGUAGUCACUCCAGACGUAAUUUGCUAUGGAGUUGGACUGUGCUACAAAUCACCAGGGGAAAAGUACUGCCACCUUUUCCCUAAGCCAAAUGUUUCUGGAUUUCAUAGUUCGGUGACAAAAGUGAAGGCUACGUUGAAAUCAGAAAAACAGGGGUGGAACUUGUGCUCAUUGCCUGGCAUCAAGGAUAUCUGUGAAGACAUAAAUCGAAGCCUUGAGAGAAUACAACCUGCCGUAGAUGUUGAUACUGAUUGGUUCAGUACUGUGCAGUCCGCACGAGGUUCUUUUUGGCGAGGAAAGGACUGUGAUGACACCGACACCGUCACUUACCCUGGUCGACAGCCGGUUCUUGGAGAUGCUUUCCUGGACACAAACUGCAACGGCAUCUUUGGCAUUGAUCCCAGCUCUGCGACAGCCUGGGAGACAAUUCUAUGCACAGGUGCCAUUGGCCGAGGACUAAUUUACAUGGGUGAUUCCGUGGGUGCGCAUUUCCACUUCCCCGAAAGAUGGAUGGACCCUCUGCAAGUGGCGCAAAUCAAUCCAUGGAAAAUCCCAACUGAAUUGGUGCAGAAUGUAACUCAGUGGAUUUUGAACGAAGGCGACUGGCCGCACUUGGGAUUUGCCACUGGAUAUCAAAAUAAUACCCAACCUAGUCUUAUUAAGGGCCCUGUAGAUUCAAUUUAUCUUCGCAUGCUUGCCUUAAACAGAUGCAACCACCGUGAUUAUCAAAACCUGUCGAGAAAUGGUGCAGCCACCAACACAGUACUUGCUUACAUGCAGAGUGUAGCCAGAAACGCAACUAAGGACAGACCAGUCUUGUUCAUUUACGGCCUAUAUGGAAACGAUGUGUGCAAUAAUGUCAAGGAUACCGUGGCUAACAUGACCACUCCAGAAGAGCUAAGGAAAAAUGUGAUGGAGGUACUGGAGUUUGUGGACACCGUUUUGCCAGAAGGCAGCCACGUUCUGGUGAUCGGAAUGGUAGACGCAUCUUUCAUCUACCCAGCGAUGCAUAAAUUAAUUCAUCCCUUGGGAAGGCUCCACAAUGAUAUCACCUACGAGAACCUCUACGAUUGGUUUUCUUGCAUGCAGAUUGGCCCAUGCAAUGGUUGGAUGACUGCAAAUGAAACUCUCCGAGCAAUAACCAGCAAGGCCUCAAAGCGACUGUCGAAAGAGUUGGAAAAACUUGCAUCCUCUCAGACAUUCAAGAACUUCAAACUGCACUAUUUGGACAACCCCUUGGGUCAAGUCAUGAAAGAGUGGGUGAGCCAAGGGCAUGAGGUCUUCGAAUUGAUUGACCCGAUUGACAGUCUUCACCCAAGCCAGAUGGCUCAAACUUUAAUAACAGACGUCCUAUGGCGCAACAUUAUGGUAAAGUUCCCAUACAUUGUGGGGUCUGUAAACCCACAAAACAGCAGAAUCCAAGAAAUAUUUGGGGAUCAAGGUGGCCAUUGAUACUUCAGAAGUUGUGAUAAUUAUUUUGCAGCAAUAACUGUGCCAAAGAUUAUUAGCUUAUUUAAAUAUGAAUUAAAAUAAGUUUCUUCCUUUGUUUUAAAUUAAUUAAGUGUUUAUUUGAAUGUAGUAACUACACUGCACCUCAUUUUUUAUUUUAUUUACACAACAACUGUUCAACAAAGGGACAAUAAUGCAUCGAUUUUGGUGAAAGAAGUACGAGAACUUUGAACGGAAUAGUGAAAAUCUGUGGGCACCUGGGCCGAUUUUGUUUUCCUGGGUGCUAUUACAUGGACUAAUCCAACGGGUGGCAGAAGCAUUCUGAAACGGCUGCUUAUUCCUUCCACCUGUUGUUUUCGUAGUCGUAUUUGGAGGUGAGGCCCUCAAUGGGUUCAAUUCUGAGGUCAAUCAUGCGCUGCAGCUGAGCCUGGACUCUAUCUUCAUCGAAGGUCACUGGCAGUGGCUUGUAGAC